AUGUCAAAAAAUAUGUGGAUCAUUGACACAGACGCUGGGGUUGACGAUGCCCAAGCUUUAGUACUCGCACUGAAAUGCCAAGAAUAUCACAAUUUCGAAGUCGUUGCUAUCACAAGUGUAGCAGGAAACGUUCCACUUCCCCAGGUGAAUAAAAAUAUUGGGGAAAUAUUACGUGUCUGUAACAAAACUCAUAUUCCUUAUUACUCAGGCUCCGCAAAGCCUCUAAUCAACGACCUAACGGACUGUGCAUCAAUUCAUGGAGUAGAUGGCCUCAAUAACUAUUGGUCAAACCCGAGCAGAGGGGCAGAGGACAUCCCUGAACCCCAAUCCAAGCAUGCUGUACAAGCAAUAAUCGACAUUGCAAACGAGCAUCCAGGCCAAGUCAGCAUAGCUACAAUUGGACCUUUAACGAACCUAGCCUUAGCUGUCUGUCUUGAUCCUGCUUUGCCAACUAAGUUCAAAAGAGUUCUUGUUAUGGGUGCUGCAGUUCAUGGAAAAGGCAAUAUAACUGUUUCUGCUGAAUUUAACAUUUGGUGCGAUCCUGAAGCUUCUCAUAUAGUUUUUGAAAGAUUUCCUCUCCUAGAGAUCGUGCCUUGGGAAACCUGCAUUGACAGAGAGCAUAAGUUUACUUCAGAAUUUUUAAAUAGCUAUACUCAUGGGGCAACACCUCAAGGAAAUUUUGUGAGAGAAAUUACCACUAUUGUAGGAGGAGAAAGCCAUGUGUUUUUCUGUGACCCGAUCACGAUAUGUAUAGCCUGAGCCUUCUUUUGGCUUUGGAUAUUUUGAUGUCUUCUGAAAUCGGAAGGGAAGUUGGUUUUAUCAACUCUGCUAGUAAAAUCAACUCCCUAGAUUAUAGACUUACUGUAAAUUAGAGAUUUGCCAUCUGGGAAUUAGUCUCACCAACUCUGUUGGUAAAGCCAAUUCCUUAUGACGUGGAAGGCAUCGGUAUAGUUUGAGACAAAAGGAAGCUCAGGCUAUAUUGCUAUUGAUGAGUCAAUAGCCAAAGAGUAUUCAUUAAGGAAGGGAUUUGUAGAGCUGAAUGGAGGCUAUACAAGAGGAAUGACAGUAGUCAAUUGGGGAUGCUCAGAUAUGAAAGAAAUCAAUGAAGGAGGUGAUGCUAAUUUAAAGAUAGUUGAAAAGCUAGAUUUAGAAAAAAUCAUGGCUUUAUUUCUUCAUUCUAUAAGCUAA